AUGACUUUCGAGCUCGCCUUCGACCUCAUCCCCGACUCUGUCGACGGUGAUGUGUCGGCUCGCUCUUCAACGUUCCCUCGUCGCCAGCGCAUGUCCCCGCCCCGCAGCAUCGGGAUGGAGCGCCAGCAGUCGCAGCCCGUACUGACACACGUCGAGUAUGCUGCGUGGAACGAGCGCCGCGCUGCAUCUCUGUCUGCCGCAACUGGCGCGCGGAUCGCAGCCGCCCUCGUCCCUGGUGGCGGCGCCAGUCGAUCAUCCAGGCAGCGCGCGGGCCGUGCACGAGGGUCUGUCAUGAACUUGUUCCCUUCGCCUGUCCCAGAGGCUUCUGAGGAAAUGUCCUACCCACAGACGGCUUACCCGAUCUCGCCGGUGGAAGCGUCCCAGACGCAAACUCAGAUCGAGGCCGCCUACAUCCAGCCCGUCAACUACGAGCAGUUCCAGCAGCAGCCUCCUACCCCUCCUCUCGCCUACACCAUGUCCCCGUCCCCUGCCCCGCCCGCUACGUUCCGCCCCUCGCGCCCGUCGCUGUCUCGCACAUCAACAGGAACCUCGUUCUACAAUCACGACGACUACAAUUACGAGUUCUCGUCUGCGCUCGAUGCCACGAUCCGCCCGCAGCCGACGGGGGUCCCCCACUCGCCAAUGCCUGACGUGUGGCCGGCGCCGCGCCAGCCUGCCGUCCAGGACAUCCCACAAACGCCCUCUCCGUGCCAGACGGACGGUUACGCGUACCCAUCGCCAGUCGCGAGUCCGCAGUACAUGCCAUACCGAGUUCGACACUACAGACGUCCUCGUCGUAUCCCAACCCGCGGCAACAAUCCUACGCCGACCCGAUGCUGCAGCAGCAAUACUCGAUCGGGAGCACGCAGUGGCCCGUUCAAGCCGAGUUCGACACUACAGACGUCCUCGUCGUAUCCCAACCCGCGGCAACAAUCCUACGCCGACCCGAUGCUGCAGCAGCAAUACUCGAUCGGGAGCACGCAGUGGCCCGUUCACCAGCACCAGGUGCAGCAGCAGCAGAUCUAUGUCGGCGAGCAGUACCCAUAA